UAAUUUAUUUAUCCGAAAACAAAAAGACUUUUACUUAAUAAUUUAUCAUUUCCUCUUUGAAUUAAACCCAAUAAUUUAUCCAAAAGAAAGUGAUAGUGAAUUUAACAUGCAAUGGCUGCUGUAAUCUUGCUGGUUUCCAAAGAUGGUAAAGUUUUGAGUUUUUCCACGGUAAAUGAAAGCUGAGUGAUUUCUAUUUUUUUAUCACUUCUUUUUAGCACCAAAAUCCAAACCAAAGCAAAAAUGGGGUUUUUGAUUUUUGCAGAGUAUGAAAUUAUGUGCACACCGUCAUUGCCUAUGAAACCCACCAUUUGAUGCAUCUUGAAGAGUGUGCAGGUGUCACUGCUGGACAUGAGGAACAAACAAAAUUUAUGCACCACCUGGUACCAGAGUUUUGUCCUCCUCUUCUUUUAACUUUUUUGCAGGAGAAGAAAAAUGGUUGAUUGCAACAAACAGAAAGACAACAACCCUGCGACAAGAACAAGAAGCAGAAAAACUGAAAAAAAUUCCUUCACAUUCUCUGCCUUUGAAGAAGACAUUCUGGCGCUUUUUUGGUUUUGAACCCUCUUCAUCUUUUUCUCCUAUGGUAGCACUGAACAUUGGCUACUACUAUUGUUUUUCCCUUCCCAACCAUUAUAGGGUAAGUUCUUGAAUAUCUCAAAGAGGAAUACUACUGGGUGCCAUGGAAAAGAAGAGGAAGGAUCAUAAAUUAGCUUGUGUUACUACUACUCAAGAACCAGAGACAAAUGAACUCUUGAGCAAGGAAAACCAAAACCAACAAAAUGCAACGGCGGCUGCAAAGAAUACAAAAAAUGGUAGCCCUUCAAAUGACAAUGCAUUAUCUGAAAAUCAGCAAUUCCCAUCAAUUGUUCAAUGGCCAUUCACACCACAAAAUGCCGUGGAACAGUCACAACUGACAUCUAGACCUUCUAUUCCCACUCAGUCAUCCUCACCUAUCAUUGUAAACCGAUGGCAUUUUUCUCAACAGCAACAGAAUCAAACUAAUCAUCCGGUCCAGCAGGGCCAGCUCCCGACCAAUUACGCCCAAGCAACACCUCCCCUUUGGCUACCCCAUCGACCCAGUCACCCCAUGCCUGGAGUGAAUGCACCUUCAACUUUUCCACCAUUCACACCCCUAGGAAUGACCGAGAUUAGUUGGCAAGCUCCUGCUGUAGCAGGAGGAACUGCAUCGACCAAUCAACCUCAAGGUCCCAAUUUCUGUUACCCUACUGGAUACACAUAUCCAGGCUUUCCAGGUCCUUGUGAUCCCUUAUGUUGGUGGAGUCAAGCACAACAAUCACAGCCUAUAUGCACAUAUGCUUUUCCUGGAGCAUAUAACUACUUUCCAACACCACCAAUAAUGGUGCCUAGUUGCUCUGCAUCACUUGGACAUUCUUCUCAAAGAGGAAUUAUAAAGCCACCAGCAAAACUUUCUCAGAAGCAUCAGCUACUUUGGGAUGCUCAAUCAGCAGAGAAUGUGCAGCUGUGGAAUGUAAUUAAUGACUUGCAGUCGGAGAUAACUGAUUACAAGAAUCGCUUAUCAAGACUUGAAGCAGAAGUUUCUUCUCUCAAACCAACAGGGGAAGAGCCCAAUGCUCUUGUUAUUAGGACUACUUUAGCUAAACAGCCAUCAAAAAGAGGAAGACCAAAGAGAUCAGUCCCUUCAGUUGAUGAAUUGCCUUCUCCUGAUGAAUCUCAUCCUCGAGCUCGAGGUAGAAAGCCUGUUCCAUCUAAGGUCCAGUCUGAGACUAAAGCACUUGUGUUUGAGAAGGUAAUUCUUAACAAGGUUGAAGAGAAAGGGAAAACAAGUAACGCCACUGCAACCAUGGAGCAAGGAAACGGUCAAAAAGCAUCAAGUAUUGCUGCACAUGCUGGUGGAAACAUGGAGAUUAAUGGAAACAAUCUGAUGAUGCCUGCAUACCACAAUCAAAUAUAUGGAAUUGGGCUUAGUUCAUCUUCGGAAAUGAAAAGUACUGAUGACAAGACUGGUAACUCAAGAAAUGCCCACUCUAUCAUUUCUCCACAAACUAAAGAAAUGUGCAAGGGCAAUUCUGCUGCUUAUAUGGGUUCCAAUGGUAAUGACAACCUUGGAUGGCCAGCCAACAUGACCUCUGAAGAAUCUAGGAGAAACAUGUUAAGUAUAGGAUCCCAGUGCUUCUACAAUAAUGGUAGCAUUAUCAAACAAGGAGGAAAAAUUAUCCCUGGAUGGAGUUUUGUCAAUGAGGAAGAUGCCUCAGAAGAACUUGAAGAUGCGGUGUUAGGAUCAACCAAGGAUGAAGAUGAGGACAUGGGAGAUAAUGCCAGCUCCGGAGCUGAAGAGAUUGCUGGGACAAAAGAUGAAGGUGCCUAUAACAUUGAUGUUGCAUUGAGAACAAGCCCCAAAGGUCUUCUUCCUCCACAUGAUAACUGGUGAUUAAAUUCUACUUCCACUAGUCUGCACUUAAAUUUCUUUUUCGUUCAAUUAUGAUUUGGCUGAUGAACAAUUCUGCUCAAUUGGGCUCACUUUCUGUACAGAGAAAGGUCUUUGCCCAAAAUUUUGUAGGGAGCCAGAUUUUUUUUCAGCCAUAGCAAAAUUUCUAGGCAUAAAAAAACAUAUAUCAUAUGAGGCAUUGACAUGCA